AUGAUCAAAAUUCCAAACCUUAAAAUCCCCGAAUGGAACACGACACAAUACGAGGGAGGAUCAUUCUCAAACCGUUUCAUUUCAAACGACUCACCAGACACACAAAUUUCAAACCUUAAAAUCCCAGAAGAUUUCGACUUACCCGUUCAUGUUUUCUCUUCCGACCAUUUCCGAAUGUUCGAAUUCAAAGUGAGGAAAUGCCAGCGUGGCAGGUCUCACGACUGGACGGAAUGUCCUUACUCUCAUCCCGGCGAGAAAGCUCGUCGGAGAGACCCUCGGAAGUUUAACUACUCCGGGACACCUUGCUCGGAGUUUCGCAGAUUAGGAAACUGUACAAAAGGCGAUUCAUGUUACUUCGCGCAUGGUGUUUUCGAAUGCUGGCUUCAUCCUUCUCGUUACAGGACGCAGCUUUGUAACGACGGCACCGCUUGUCGUAGGCGAGUGUGUUUCUUUGCUCACACCAUUGAUCAACUUCGUCUCUCGGGUAAAGGUUCACCUGAAACGUUUGUUUCUUCUCCUACUUCGGUUCUUGAGUCUCCUCCGGGAUACUCCCGAUACGGUGACGUUCCGGUGAACGUACGGGAAUUAGUUGACUGCAUGCGGGACAUUAGAAUAACGGAUUCGGAUCGGGCCGGGUGUCUGCGGGGUGGGUUUUUUAGUCUUCCGUCAAGGUAUGAUGGGGUUAGUAUGGAGAGGGUGCAAUCUGGAAGAGAUCUUAGAGGCAAAAUCUAUGGGAAACUCAGUGAGUUGAACUUCAAUGACAGUGUUGUUUCGGUUCCUGUUCCUGAUUUUGGAUGGGUAUCGGAACUGGUUAACUGA